UCCACAACCAUUUGAACCAUUUGACGCAUUUACAUAGGUUGGUUUGAAGAGUGCGUUACAAAGCUGGUUUGUUGUUGGAUACUUCACACGUGCAUGGCUGCUGUAUGCCAUCCCUGGGUAUUAUUUCUUUUUACGGUGACGGCUUUCGUAAUCAUGCGCUAAAGGUUGGUGUCGAUGGCUUUUCGCUUGAAAAUUUAAGCAUGGCAGCACAAAAUGAUGAAAACGCUCCUCUUUUAGGAGAUGUUAGUGAUAACUUUUCUCCUGAUACAUAUUCACCGCUUGUAAAUGAUAUACAUAAUGACUCAGACUUCAACAAUGUUUUACAAAGUGCUCUUCAAGCUAUCGAGUCUGGAAUAUUGCCCGAGAGAAUUUAUCAAGGGUCAAGUGGAAGUUACUUUGUUAAGAAUGCAAAUGGAGAGAAAAUUGCAGUAUUCAAACCGAAGGAUGAAGAGCCCUAUGGGAAGCUUAAUCCAAAAUGGACCAAAUGGAUGCAUAAACACUGCUGCCCUUGCUGUUUUGGUCGAUCAUGUUUGGUUCCGAAUCAAGGUUACCUUUCAGAGGCUGGUGCCAGUCUUGUAGAUCAGAGACUACGGCUCAAUAUUGUUCCUUCAACAAGAGUUGUUCGUUUAGUAAGCGAAAGUUUCAACUACAGCACAGUUGAUCGCGCAAAAUCUAGGACUAAACAACACUUUGCUUCACGGUUCCCCGAGUUAGGCCGUCAUUUCAACCGUCUUGGGCUUCCUCCAAAAAUCGGAUCUUUCCAGCUUUUUGUUUCUGGUUGUCGAGAUGCUGACUAUUGGCUUCGUCAUUUCGAUAAUGAAUCACUUCCUAAGCCUACAGCUUCAGAAUUCCGAUUUCAGUUUGAAAAACUUGUUAUACUUGAUUAUCUUAUUCGGAAUACAGAUCGUGGGAAUGAUAAUUGGCUUAUUCGUUAUCAAAGUUCAGAACUGAAGGAAGAUACAGAUGAGACCAAUAAGGAUGAUUGGGGUGUUGUUGAUAUGCCAAAAAUAGAAUUAUUCGCAAUCGAUAACGGUUUGUCUUUCCCGUUCAAACACCCAGAUGAAUGGAGAGCAUAUCCUUUUUAUUGGGCUUGGCUUCCUAUGGCUAAAGAGCCAUUUUCGGAUGCAAUCAAAGAAGCUGUUCUUCCAUUAUUAUCUGACAUGCACUUCAUCAAUAGUCUAGUUCGUGAUCUUCAUAAUUUGUUCAAAAUUGAUCCAGGUUUCGAUUUAUCUACUUUUCACAAACAAAUGUCCGUUUUACGUGGUCAGGUUGUGAAUUUAGUUGCAGCUCUACGAGAUUCAAAAAGUCCUUACGAUCUUGUACGAAUGCCAGUACUAACUUUAGAAUUGUCCACUAAAAAACGUUCUACAAGACAUCAUUGGCCACACCAACAAUUAGCAGCUGGUUUCGCUCAACAUGAUAACACACCUGAAAGUUCUAGAUAUCGUAAUAAUUAUAAUAACCUUACAAUUGAUGUCGAUCCUACAAACAGUGUACAGAUUAAUCAAGAUACAGUAUCCACUGAAGAUCAGACAAAUAACUUAGUCAAUUGUGAUAAUAUAAUAAAUCUUGAUAGCUGUCAACCGGAUUUAAGUUCAAAACGUACACACGAAAUUGAUAUUGUUUCUGCUGCUACUGGUAGUGGAGAUGUUGAUGACGAUGAUGAUGCACUAGAGCAUGGACUAGUUGCUUUACCAACUUUUAAAAAUAAACAAAUUAUAUCAAAUAAUAAUGACAGUAAACAGACUGAAGUAGAUCUAGCCGACAGUGCUGGUGAUGAUGCUGAUGAAAAUGAUGAACAACGUUUUAAUUUGCGUUAUUACAAAAAACCCUUUUUCACUUGGUUUUAAAAAUCUAUUCUUUCCCUCAUUUAUCCGUUCACUAAUUUUUAAUAAUGUUGUGUAAACAAAACAACAGAUAUAUAUAUAUAUAUUUGUCUUUCUUUUUCUAAUCAUUGACACAUUGAAAUUGUGUUGACAAUCGGAAAAGAGAAAAAAAUUUAAUUUCCAACAUUAAUUUGUGACAUUUUUCUGAUAACCAAUGAUAAUAUAUCUUUUAUUAAUUUGUCUAAUCCAACUUCUCACUUUUUUAAAUCCCUUUAAUGUAUUAUUAAUUUGUACUGGUUUGCUCUUUUGUUUAUUCAUACCCCUUUUUAAAUACUCUUUUCAACUUAAUUCUUCUUCUUCUUCUUGAACUUUGUACAGCUUUGAUUCUAUUUAUAUACAUAUUUUUGACAACGAUUAAAUGUAAGUUAUUGUUGAGUUGAAUAACUUUUGAUAUUGAAUACAUUAAAAAAAGUUUAUGCGGUGUACAUGGUAGUCGGAUAAACUUCAGUGAAUAUAUUAGGUGUCUUACUUGUUUCUAAUUUGUGCAAUUUUAUGAACUCUCUCUUCAAUGGAAUGUAUUUUGUUUUGUAAGACUUUUUUCUUUAGCUGCAGAAUUUUACAAUUUAAUUAUGAAAUUUCCAUAAAUUAGAUUAAUUAACUAAUUUAGGCUUAGAAAAUUGUUUAUUACGUUGACGAUAAUAAUUUGCGUGGAUUUAAUUAUCUUGAGAAUCUUUCACUAUUGUGAAGUGGCGUUUGUCUGCUUGUUUUCAUCCUGUCUUAUGCAAUUCCAAAUCGAAGAUCACCUAAGUGAUAUGAAGUUUUCGAACAGUGUAGUCGUGAUGGACAGGUGAGAUGCAAGGUUGUUUGACAACUUGACGAAAAUGUGCAAGUAUGAUACAUCAUUUGUCUACCAGUGGUAGUUGAUGCCUCAAGAUUGGUGUAGUGUAUGAUAGAUGAAUGCAUUGAUUAUUCUUCAUUUCAACUUUAAUGGACUUCGUGAUUGGGAAAAUGUUAGUGGUGAUACAAGAUGCUGAUUCGCCAUCUAAGUGUCAAUGUGGUUUUCAAACACCGAACGAGGCGAUAGUAUACAGUAUAACUGUUUAUCAUGUAUGCCUUGCGGUUGUUGAGCAUGGGAAUGUGGAUUAUAAAAAUAUUGCUAGUACUUGAUUAUAUGUAAAUUUGAAAUAUUCUUGACCCAUAAUAACACUUGUACGAAAGUGUUUGAUUAUUCGGUGUAGAGCUUUGGCUUAGGAGGAUGUAAGCCUGUAUUGACUGAAGUGUUUGAAACAUGUAGUUCAUAUUCUGUGUCAUCACCAGCUCUUUCAGGCGUUGAAAAAUUGACAGAACCUUAAAAUCUUUAGACAAGAAUAUUAGGUUAAUUUGUUCAGUCAAUGGGUAUUUGACUAAGAUUAAUGGGAAAAUUUUCU